AUGCUAUUAAGUUUUAUUCUUAUAUUCAUUUACGGCGUAUCCUGUAGUAAUAAAGCCAUUCUGAUUAAUUGUUCAUGGCAGUACGAGAACUACAGGCAUUUCUCUAAUGUAAUUGCCUUACAGAGCAUUUUAGAGUCGAAUGGUUUUACUCCUAAAGACAUUUCAGUAUUUUCUAAGCAAGAUUUACUGGAUGAUAUGCGAAUGCGAGAGAAGCACAUUAAGACUGAUUACUUCACCUUGGAAAAGAACAAAAACUAUACGCCAAUAUUCAGGAACACUUCGUAUUUUGAUAUCUUAAAUAUGAUAUCAGGAAAUGACUCAAUCCUUCUAAAUACGAAUGAGCACACAAAUCUAUUGAUUUACAUAACAGGGCAUGGUGGUGAUGGAUUUAUUAAAUACUGUAAUAGAACUUAUUUAUAUAAGAAUGACAUAACAGAUGCCUUAAUAAACCUUCAGCGAAUAAGAAAGCUUAAAAGUGUUUUAUUUAUUGCGGAUACGUGCCAAGCAGAUACUCUCAUAGAUAAAAGCAGACUGCCAGAAAAUGUAACAUUUGUUUCUACGAGUUUAAAGGGGGAGUCUUCUCACUCAACCACAUUCAGUGACAGAUUAAACGUAUUUCCAAUUGAUUUGUUUAUAAUGCAUUUAUACAGAAUACAUCAAGAGAAAAGAAUUUUUAAUGGGGUUGCCCUAUCAGAAUUUAUAAAAUCAGAAUUUCCUGAAGAGUUGGUUAAGUCUACUGUUACAUUCACGGGCCCUGAUGUUAAUUUAUACGACUUUGUCUUUCAAAGAAAAAUAGUCCAAAAUAUCCCAGAGAAUUUGUAUUUGUAAUUUUAUACAAUUCUUAUUAUAAAGU